UACAGGUCAGUAGCCAAUGAUCGUUACUCUUUGUGGAAGUUGGGGAUCACUCAUGUUGUGAAUGCGGCUCACGGGAGGAUGCACUGUUCAGGAAGUCACGACUUCUAUGGAUCCACUGUGGAUUAUUUUGGUGUUCCCGCUGACGACUCGCCAUCCUUUGACCUCUCUCGCUAUUUCUUCCCUUCUGCCGAGUACAUUCAGAAGGCGCUUGACACAGCUGGUGCGAGAGUCUUUGUGCACUGUGCAGUUGGGGUGAGCAGGUCCGCCUCCCUCGUCCUGGCCUACCUGAUGAUCUACCACCGUUACUCUCUGCUGGAUGCCAUCUAUAAAAUCAAAGAGCGCAGGUGGAUCUUCCCAAACAGGGGAUUCCUGAAACAGCUUAAUACACUGGAAAUGAAACUUCACCAGAUAUCAUCAACAUAA